CCUUUUUUGACAGCGUCAACAGGAUUUUAGUGCCAGGAUCCCUUCACCUUUCCUUCUUUUGAAGGCUUUAUAUCACAGCAGCGCUGUGCCUCACAAACAGUUGGCUAUGCUUCUUUCAUAGGCUUAAUCUAUUUGUGAAGAUAGUGAUGAUGUGGACGAACUGUGCUAAUAUCUAGAGGAAUUAACAUCUAUAAGAACUGUCACGUGGUCUGGCUGUUCUAAAGCUUUAGCUGUGUGUGUUUUGGUCCCUCCCCCAGCCUGAACCCUUCCUCUGAGAGCUGUGUGUACAUGAGGAGAGUCAUGAAUGCGGUUGGCACAGGAAGAGGAGUCUGAACAAGAUGCCAACCUUCUCAGUCCUCUACAAGGGAGCUGUGAUCAUCAGCAGGACAGUACUGGGGCCCUACGGAGUCGACCGAAGAGUCCACUGUGUAGACUUUACAGACUGUGAGAAUGGACUGGGUAUUAAGGUGAUUGGAGGGUUAAAGGAGCUGACGGGUGAGGAGUAUGGGGUGUACGUCAAGAGGAUUCUACCUGGUGGUCUAGCUUCAGUGGAUGGGCGGCUGCAACCUGGAGACCAGAUUCUCGAGGUUAACGGUGAGAGUCUGGUUGGAGUGACGAAUGAAAGUGCUGUGGAAAUCCUUCGAGGAGCUUCAUCAUCCAAUAGCAUGCGGUUAAUGAUUGCCAGAGAUGAACAGGGCAGGAGAGAAUUUUUGGAAUUAUUAGCAAACUAUGGAUCCAGGGGGAGUACAGGAUCUGCAAGGAAUUCACCCACUCCACAAGGAUCAGGACGAGAGAGAUCAUCAUCGAGUUCCUCAGCGUCGUCCCUGAGCUCGGAACAGUUAAGUCCGGCUUGUUCCUGUAACUCAACCAACGGAAAUACCGGGAGUUUACUUUGCUCUGACACACACAAUGAGGGAAUUCAGCUCGUCACCAUCACCAAAUCAGCAGGCCUUGGACUGACUGUGACAGGGGGAUCCAACAGGCCUGAUGGACCCAAAGUCUAUGUGGAGGACAUCAUCUUGGGAGGAGAUUGUCAGAAGGAUGGUCGACUCCGUCCAGGUGACCAGUUGGUCGCAAUUAACAAGAAGUCUCUGAUUGGAGUGACGUAUGAGGAAGCUAGGAGCAUCCUCAAUAAAAUGGCGAUCCCGAAUGAAGGAACCAUAACAAUUGCCUUUUUACCAGGCAAAGGGUCUUCACAUUCUGCUGCCUCAUUACAAGAUGGGGACAACUCAAUGCAGAAAAGCACUGGAAAUGGCUACAGUUCUUGUAGGAUGAAGGUUCAUGUGAGAACACCUAAGCCCCAACUUGAAGACCACUGUCCAGUGCCUUUCCAGUCACCUGACAUUUGCCCACUACAACUAGCUGCCUCAGCUGCCAAACCAUCCAUUCAGAAAGAAGUGCCCAGUAUCAAACGUAAAGUCUCUCUGGACCCUCACGUUCGGUUAAAGGUGGAUAAACUUGAGUUGGCACUAAAGUAUCUCGGUCUACAUGUCACAGAAGAACGAACGAGGAAACUGAGGCACAGUCUCACAAAUGACUCACAGGGAACUGUGGCCUUUGGAGAUUUUGUGCAGGCAGCGAGAAUAACCUUGCCACAGGAGCUGGAGGAUGUUGGCCUAAGUCAAAGCCCCCUGAUGUUUUCUCCUCAUGAAAUUGCAAACCUUCUGGAUACAACAGCUUUCCAAUCCCCGAUCUUUAGUUCCAAUACCUUCCACGACUCUGAGAACAUAGACCACCUACAGUCAGAAGUAACUGAACUACGUCAGGAGAUUAAGAAAUUGAAGGCUGUUAUCAGGGAGAUGGAAAAGGACAAGAGAGCGCUGGAAGAGGAUCUGCAACAGAUCAAUCAGAAAGCCACAGCCGCUGCUGCGGAAAACAGGAUGCUGCAGAACAAGCUGCGCAUGAGCAGAGCAGCCCAGCGUGGAGCCCACUCUGCUGAGCAGGACUAUGAGGAGGCUGUGCGUCUCCUGGAGGCCGAGAUCCUGGACCUCAGAACCCAGCUGGAAGGAAAGGCACAAUGUCGUUCUGCAGAGUUCAGCAAGCAGGAAGAUAAUCAGGGUCUGUGGGAAAGACUGUCCAGCACCAAAAGCCAACUGCAAGCAUCUGAGCUGAGUCGCAAACAUCUGGAAAUCUCCAACAGGAAGCUGUUGAACUUUGUUGAGAAAGUACACAAGGUUCUAACAUCUGCCACCUUGCAGGGAACUGACCAUGGGGUGUUCAAGUCCAAGCACCUGCAGAGAGAAAGUGGCCUAGCCCUUCCUGGUCCUGAACAACUCCUAGCAGCUGAAGCCAAGCAGCUGAUUGAGGGGAUCUGCUCUCCAAACAAUGAAAACGAUGCACUGACCAUGGAGUCGCGGGCACAGAACAGGAAAAGCAGCCGGGAAAAAAAUGCCUCAUCACACGUACAUAGAAACAGCCAGUUGCAAGAAAUAUUAUUUAUUUAAAAAAUGUAAAUAUU